CAUAAUGAGCUUCUCCGUUCUUUCCCAAUUGUCUUCCUUUCUCAGCCUUAGAACAAUUUUGGUUCGAGCAUAGCAUUGAGAAAGGCAGGAAUCAAAGGGAAAUCGCGAAGAAGAUGAUUUGAUUAAGGCACCCAAAUCCCAAAUCCAGACCACUCUGGCCCUAUAGGCAGAUGCUGCGAGAGAGGCUAGAGUGUGUCGGUAGAAAGAAGUUUGAAGCUUGUCGGUUCUGGAAUAUUAAAUUUGAAGCCAUCUCGUUGGGGAGGGAGCUGAAAUUCUAAGGAUUUCCCAAAAAGGGUCCUCUCCAGAUCUACCUUUCUCACCAACAAUCAAAUACCAACAUUCCGCCCACCCCCAUUGUUCCUCUACCGCUCUCUCUCUCUCUCUCUCUCUCUCUCUCUCUCUCUCUCUGUCUCUCUCUGUGUAAAGGUCUUCCGCCUCACCUGCGUUUCUUGCACAAGAGCCAGCUAUCCUGGAUUUCGCUUGUGUAUCUGUCUCUGUCUUUGUCACCAUUCCAUAAAUCCCCACAACCUUAGCCGAAGAAGAAGACAGUGAAUGCACCAAGUAAUGCGGUUGAAUUUGGGCUUUCCCACUAAGGGCCUGCGGAGUUUCAGGUGAAUUGGAAAGCAUUUUCCAGGACGGAAAAGAGGAAUCUUUGAUUUUUCCGGUUGUGGUUGCAUGCGUUUACUGCUGAAAUCUAUUACAAGAGGACCAAUUUUGUAUUGGGGCAAAAGAAGAAUGGGAGGGAGCGGUCCUUUCAUCCCAAUUCUGGGUUUUGCUUCAUGUGUGGUCUUCAUUUAUCUUUCAUUUGGUGACCUGUGGCCGGCGUAUCCUGUGGGACCGGCGUGGAGUUUUGUGCAGAGAAAUGGGACUCGGUUUGUGUUGGACGGCAAGCCGUUCUAUAUCAAUGGGUGGAAUUCGUAUUGGUUGAUGGACCAUUCCGCCGAUUACCAGAGGAAACACAAGGCUAGUGCAAUGCUGGAGGCUGGUUCAAAAAUGGGUCUCACCGUCUGUAGAACUUGGGCGUUCAAUGAUGGCGCCCACAAUGCACUUCAGGUCUCCCCUGGCCGAUUUGAGGAGAAUGUUUUCCGGGCGUUGGAUCAUGUGAUUGCUGAGGCGAAAGCACAUAAAGUUAGGCUGCUUCUUAGUUUAGUCAAUAACUUGAAAGCAUAUGGCGGGAAGGAUCGAUAUGUGAAGUGGGCAUGGGAAGAAGGCAUUGGUUUGAGCGCUUCUAAUGAUUCUUUCUUCUAUGAUCCAUCCAUCAAAAAGUACUUUAAGCAUUAUUUACAGACCAUGCUGACAAGGAAGAACACUGUCACCGGAGUCGAAUAUAGGAAUGAUCCAACCAUAUUUGCAUGGGAGUUGAUGAAUGAGCCCCGUUGCAUGACCGAUCCUUCUGGAGAUACUAUUCAAGAUUGGAUUGAAGAAAUGUCGGCUUAUGUGAAAUCAAUCGACAAGAAUCAUCUACUGACAGUGGGGCUGGAAGGGUUUUAUGGUCCUAAAAACCCCAAAAGACUAACUGUGAAUCCAGCAGAUUGGGCUGCAGACCUGGGAUCUGAUUUUGUUAGCAACUCAAAGGUUUCACACAUCGAUUUUGCCUCUGUUCAUAUAUACCCUGAUCAUUGGAUUGCUCAUCGAUCAUUUGAGGAUAAACUGACAUUUGUUUCGAAGUGGAUGCUCUCACACAUCGAAGAUGGUCACCAUGAGCUGAACAAGCCUGUACUCUUCACCGAAUUUGGAUUGUCUAAUCUGAACAAGGACUUCCAACCAUCUCAACGUGACUGGUUAUACAAAACAGUUUAUGACAUCGUAUACAAAUCUGCUAAGAAAAAGGGAGCUGGAGGUGGUGCUUUGAUGUGGCAAUUAUUUGUGGAAGACAUGGACGAGAGUAAUGAUGAUUUCGGUAUCGUCCCAUGGCAAAGGGCAUCAACAUAUAAAUUGAUAACCGAGCAAUCAUGCAAGUUGGCAAAACUCCGAGGUGCCAUAGAAGAGAGCCAAAAUUUGAAAGAACUGUGUUUGCAGAAACAGUGAUGCAACAACCUUGAAGUUCAGCACUUACCAACCUUUUGUCUGCACAAUUCUGUAUAAGAUGAACACAUUCACUUUUAGGCUUCUAGCUGUGCUCCUCUGAAUUUUAUACAGAUGUGGCAGCACGGGCGAAUUAGAUAUAGAGGUCAUCAUGAAAUCAAUAUGGGUGCUUUGCUGUAAAAUCUUCUAAAAUGAUCAUAGAGUGAUUGGAUUUGACAUUUAGGUGCUUUGCUGCAAAAUCUUUUACAAUGAUAAUAGAGAAGACAUUGGAUUGAUUGAUCAUAACAGUUCAGCUUGUGGGGUGAAUUCAUACCAAAAUAUAGCUACUGGAUAUUU